CGCACGUGUCUCCCACACCCGCGUACCAACACUACAGUGGCAUGGUAAUUGUGAUAAAAUACUACGUAAAGGAUAAUAAAUAUUAGCGACGGACCCCGGUCGACGCCCAUUGCCUUGCUAGGAAUUCGGUAUCGUAUUACAGUGAUGGUGGCGCGAUGAGGCUGCUGUUGCUGCUCGCCCUGCUGGGCGGCGCGGCGGCCGACCCGCGCGCGCCCAGCAGCCCGCGCCCGCGCCACUGGGCCCGCACGCUGUCCGACCGCGCCAACACGCAGUUUGUGGGUCCGCACGUGUGCCGGUCGCGCAACAGCACGCAUUGCUGUCCCGGCUGGACCUCGAGACCGAACUCUUUGUUAUGCGUAGUUCCUUUAUGCCGACCGGACUGCGGCUCGCCAGGCUCGUGCGUGGCGCCCAACAUGUGCCGCUGCCCCGGGGGCGUGGAGGCGCCCACGUGUGGCGGCGGAGGACUGUAUCCCUACCCUGCUCGCACGCGAGGCGGCUGCAGACGGAUCUGCAUGAACGGCGGCACGUGCAGCAACGGCACCUGCGCCUGCGCGCCGGGCUGGAGCGGGGAGUUCUGUACUGAACCAAUUUGCCGCGAGCCGUGUCUCCACGGCGGCCGGUGCAUAGCCCCGGACCGCUGCGUGUGCUUCCAUGGGCUCUCCGGAACACGCUGUGAGAUAGAUAGACGGACAGGGCCGUGCUACACGGACACGCGAGGCGCUCUGUGCACAGGCGCACUAGAGGGGGUCGUGUGCACCAAGCAACUGUGCUGUGCGACUGUGGGGGUCGCGUGGGGUCACCCCUGCGAGCGCUGUGGGGACCUGGACUGUCCCACUGGACAUCUAAGGAAUUUAGCUACUAAGGAGUGUCAGGAUAUAGACGAAUGUGCGGCUGUGCCGGGUCUGUGCGAGGGCGGGCGCUGCAUCAACUCCAUAGGCUCGUUCGCGUGCGAGUGUCCGCCGGGCCAGCGCCGGCACCGCGUCAGCAACAACUGCGAAGACAUCGACGAGUGCGAGGACCCUGACAUUUGUCCGAACGGCAAGUGUGUGAAUACGGAAGGCGACUACUACUGUCUGUGCAACCCGCACUUCAUUCCGAGCCCUGACAAGAAGUUUUGUAUAGAUGGUCGCGUGGGCAGCUGUUUCACGUACCUGGGCGACACGGGCGAGUGCGCCGACCGGCUGCCCAUGCCGCUGUCCAACCGCGACUGCUGCUGCGGGUACAACAUGGGGCGCGCCUGGGGAGACCUGUGCACGCCCUGCCCGCCCAGAGGAGCAACUGAAUGGACCCACCUCUGCGGAGGAGGUAUAAUCCCCCCUGACUGGAAGCGCAACGACACCAGCGGCGGCGGCAUUGGCGGCAUCGGCGGCGGAGGGGGAGGCGGAGGUGGAGGGGGCAGCGAGCCGCAGCACAUCGCCAAGAUCAACGAGUGCAUGCUGAGGAACGGCAUCUGCGGACUGGGGAACUGCGUCGAUAAGGACAUUGGGUAUCAGUGCCAGUGCUGGACCGGCGCCGAGCUCAUAGAGCAGGACGGCAACCCGACGUGCAUCGACAUCGACGAGUGCGCGCUGCAGUACUGCAAGGGCGGCCAGUGCAUCAACAACCCGGGAAGCUUCGAGUGCAGAUGCCCGCCCGGCUUCGACCCGGUGGAGAACGGUCUGCGCUGCAGUGACAAGAACGAGUGCGAGAUGACCAACGGCGGCAUGUGCGCCAACGGCGUCUGCACCAACAUCGGCGGCGGCUACGAGUGUUCGUGCAACCCGGGCUACGAGCCGACGGAGACGGGGCACGCGUGCCGCGACGUGGACGAGUGCGCCGACAACCCGCGCGUGUGCCGCCGCGGCCGCUGCCGCAACUCGCCCGGCGGGUACGAGUGCGUGUGCGAGCCCGGCUUCGCGCGCAUCCCCGCCGGCUACUGCGCCGACGUCGACGAGUGCGUCGACAAGUCUCUGUGUCAGGGCGGCCGCUGCGUCAACGGCGAGGGCUCGUUCCAAUGCCUAUGCGAGGCGGGCUACCGGCCCACGCCCGACCGCAGCGCCUGCGUGGACGUGGACGAGUGCUCCGAGCUGCGCGUGUGCCGCAACGGGCGCUGCCACAACACGCCCGGCUCCUUCCGCUGCGAGUGCCUGCCCGGGUUCACGCUCAGCAACGACGGGAGGACUUGUCUCGAUGAAGUUCAAGAUUUAUGUUACGAAAAAUUCGAAGAGGGCCAGUGCACGGGCCCCGGCACCACGCCCGUCACCAAGUCGCAGUGCUGCUGCAGCUCCAGCAAAGGAUUGCACCUCGGUUGGGGCGUAUCUUGCAAGCCUUGUCCAGCGCACGGCAGCAAAGACUACGAGAUCCUUUGCCCUGAAGGCUCAAGUAAAGACAACAGUGGUGCGGAUAUCAACGAAUGUACCAUGAUCCCGGGCAUUUGUCCCCACGGCACUUGCGAGAACUUGGAACCGGGAUACAAGUGUAUCUGUGACCCCGGAUAUCACCAAGACCAUGACGGUAUAUGCCGGGAUAUCGACGAGUGCGACAUGCAUCAGUCGUACUGCACCGGCGGUCAGUGCCGCAACACGAUGGGCAGCUUCACGUGCGUGUGUCCGCCCGGCACCCGGUACGAACCGGACGAGCAAAUCUGCCGAGACAUUGACGAAUGCGAGGGUGAGCUAGUUUUCCUCGUCAAGGAUUAUGACCGGGGGGAUAUCCCUCCCAUGUUCCCGAUCACGACAGAACAAUCGAACCCGUGCGACAACGGGCGCUGCAUCAACACGCACGGCAGCUACGAGUGCGAAUGCGAACACGGGUUUGUGCUGGACACCACUGGACAGCACUGUCUCGAUAACCGCCGAGGCUCUUGCUGGCGAAGGGUAGUGGAUGGACAGUGUGAAGCCGCGGCGCCGAAGCCGCUGCUCAGGCAGGAGUGCUGCUGCAGUGUGGGGCUGGCCUGGGGGUCGCCUUGUGAGCCCUGCGAGCCCGACGACUGCCCCUGCCCGAAGGGAUUUGCUAAGUUGGACGGCGCGACGUGCCGCGACGUGGACGAGUGCAUGCUGACGCCGGAGCUGUGCAUCGGCGGCCAGUGCGUCAACACGGACGGCUCCUACCGCUGCGAGUGUCCGCCGGGACUGACGCUAGACGCUGCUGGCAAUCGUUGUGUAGACACUCGACGCGAGUACUGUUACACGGACUAUGUAGGGGGUCGUUGCUCGAAUCCUCUUCAGGUGGUCGUGUACAAGGCCAUAUGCUGCUGCUCUUCGCUUGGCAAGGCCUGGGGAGACAGCCGCUGCGAACCUUGCCCUAAAAAAGGAACGGAUUCGUAUCGCGAUCUCUGCAUAUCUGACGGUGAAUAUCCGUCGACCAUCUGGGACCGCCCUGUACCCGGUGGCCCAAACCGAACCGACAUUUGGAGUCAAACCGGCGGCGGGGGCGGCAGACCGGGCGAGGGGUGGGAUACCGACGGUGGGAACUGGGAAAAUGGGACAGAUAGCUGGGGACCCGGCGGGGUGGGCACGGGAGUUAUUCCUGGACAAAUGGAGGUCAACGAGUGUGCCGCUUUCCCGGGGCUAUGUGGACACGGGAGAUGUAGGAACAUGCUUGGAACGUUUACAUGUGAUUGCUUCCCUGGUUAUGAAAAGGAUUCAAAGAACCACACGUGCGUGGACGUGAACGAGUGCGAGAUCGUGGACGACGUGUGCGGCGCGGGCGAGUGCCGCAACACGGAGGGCAGCUUCACGUGCCACUGCCGCCCGGGGUACACCACCGACGAGCUCUCCAAAGUGUGCGUCGAUGUUAACGAGUGCGUGGAAAACCGUGCGUUGUGUCGCGGCGGACGCUGCGUCAACACGCCGGGCUCGUUCCGCUGCGAGUGCGCGCCCGGCAUGGAGCUGGCGCCCGACCGCCUCUCCUGCAAGGACAUAGACGAGUGCUCUAUCACCUCGGGUAUCUGCAGUAACGGCGCCUGCGAGAACCAGAUGGGCACCUACCAGUGCGUGUGCGACGAGGGCUACGCGCAGUCCACGGUGAAGUCCCACUGCGACGACAUCGACGAGUGCUCGGAGGACCCGACGCGCUGCCAGCACGAGUGCAUCAACACGCCCGGCUCCUACCACUGCACGUGCAGGGACGGCUGGCACCUGCGCGCGGACGGGCGCACGUGCCGCGACGUGGACGAGUGCGCGGGCGGCGCGCGCGCGUGCGGCGGCGGCGUGUGCCGCAACACGCCCGGCUCCUACAUCUGCACGUGCGGCGAGGGGCUGCUGCCCGCGCCCGACGACGCCAAGCCCACCUGCCUCGAUGUUGACGAGUGCUCUGACAUACCGGAUCUGUGCGGCGCCGGCGAGUGCCGCAACACCAUCGGCAGCUUCGUGUGCCGCUGCCCCGACGGCUACAGCGUCAAGCCCGAGCAGGGGCCCGCCUGUACCGACGACGACGAGUGCGAGCUGGGCACGUGCGACUGCCACCCGUCCGCUGACUGCAUCAACUUGCCGGGUUCCUUCCAAUGCCGCUGCCGCGACGGCUGGCGGGGCGACGGCACGGAGUGCGAGGACGUGGACGAGUGCCUCACCAACAACGGCGGCUGCCACCCGCGCGCCAACUGCAGCAACACGGACGGCUCCUUCAUGUGUCUCUGCGACACGGGCUACAAGGGCGACGGUUAUUCGUGCGUGGACAUCGACGAGUGCGCCAACGACCCAACGUUGUGCGAGAACGGGCACUGCACCAACACGCCCGGCGGGUAUGAGUGCGACUGUGACGUUGGAUUCACCAAAUCUGACGAUGGAAAGUCUUGUCCUGAUAUGGACGAAUGCGCGACGUUCGACAACGUAUGCGUGUUCGGUCGCUGCGAGAACACGUAUGGCAUGUUCAAGUGUAUCUGUGACAAGGGAUACCAGUCCGAUAGUGUGGAUGACUUGAUGCCAGGCUUCAACUGCACUGACGUGGACGAGUGCAAGUCUCCGCAGUCGUGCCAGUACGGGCAGUGCAUCAACACGCAGGGCUCCUACAUCUGCCGCUGCCCGCCCAACUAUGAGCUGGUCUCUGACGGCACCGCUUGUUACGAUUCAAGGAAGGCACGCUGUUACGGCAAAGUAGAUUUGCGUUCGGGCACGGAGCAGUGUCACGACAGCGACCAAAUAUCUGAAGACGGCACUAUGGCGGCCUGCUGUUGUUCUGUGGGUGCUGCUUGGGGAAAUUACUGUGAUCUCUGUCCGGAGCCGGGCUCUGAGGCGUAUAGACAGUUAUGUCCAGGAGGACCGGGCUACCAACCAGUUUUAGAACCUCCGUCGUACGUGGUGACGCUGGCCGACAUCGACGAGUGCGCGCAGCAUCCAGAGCUGUGCGCCGACGGCACGUGCACCAACACGUUCGGCUCGUUCGUGUGCACGUGCGGCGAGGGCCGCCAGCUCACGGCGGACGAGCAGCGCUGCGAGGACGUGGACGAGUGCGCGCGCCCCGAGGUGUGCGGGCCCGGCGUGUGCCGCAACAUGCCCGGCUCCUACGUGUGCCUGUGCCCCGAGGGAUACGUCGCCAUGCCCAACGGGAAGGAAUGCGUAGACGUCCGUCAAAGACAGUGCUACAUGGACUGGGACCCAGACACGGGCCGGUGUUCCGCCGCCGUAGGGGUGCCGCAAACUAAGUACCUCUGCUGCUGCUCCGUGGGCAAGGCGUGGGGGGCGCCGUGCGAGGCGUGUCCGGACAAGGGGUCGCAGGAGCACAUGGCGCUGUGCGGGGAGAAGCCGGGGGAGUACAUCAACCCCAUGACCAACGAGACCAAGCCGAUCAACGAGUGCGACAUCAUGCCUCAGUUAUGCAAGCCCGGAACUUGCCACGACACGCCCACUGGCUUCCAGUGCGGAUGUGAUCAUGGUUACGAACACGACAACACCUCCCACCUGUGCCGCGACAUCGACGAGUGCACGUCACACCGCUCGCCGUGCCGCGGGCUGGCGCAGUGCGUCAACCUGCCCGGCACGUACGAGUGCAAGUGCCCUGCCGGCUACCGGCUCACGGCCGCGCUGGACGAGUGCGAGGACGUGGAUGAGUGCGCCGACGAGAGGUUGUGCGAGCACGGAGAGUGCAGGAACACUAUCGGGUCUUACCGUUGCGAGUGCAUGCCGGGCUACAUGCUGCGCGACAACGCGUGUCGCGACGUGGACGAGUGCAACCGGCCGCGGCCGUUGUGUCGCAACGGCACGUGCGAGAACCUGCCCGGCACAUACGCGUGCCACUGUGACGAGGGCUUCAAGCCCGGCGCCAACAACGACUGUAUCGAUAUCAACGAGUGUCGUGAGGGAGGCAUGGUGUGCCGCAACGGGCGCUGCCGCAACACGGCGGGCUCGUUCCGCUGCGAGUGCGCGCCCGGCUACACGCUGACGGGCGACGGACGGAACUGCCGCGACGUGGACGAGUGCACCGAGCUGCCCUCGCCGUGCGGACGAGACGGCACGCCCUCAUGCACCAACACCAACGGCGGGUACGAAUGUUCGUGCGGAGUGGGCUGGCGGCUGGUCGGCAAGCGCUGCGUGGACCGCGACGAGUGCCGCGAGACGCCCUACGUGUGCGCGGGCGGGGACUGCCACAACUUUAAUGGAGGUUACCGGUGCGACUGUCCCGCUGGUUGGCGGUUCGACAAGGCUGCCGCAGUGUGCGUGGAUGAACGGAAAGAGUUGUGCUACGACGAGUGGAACGCGGGCCGCUGCCACAAGGCGCGCCCUCUGCAGUUGGGCCGGCCGGAGUGCUGCUGCUCUGAAGGUGCGGCCUGGGGUAGAUACUGUGAGCGAUGCCCGGCGCCGGACUCCCCGGAGUUUCUGCGCAUCUGUCAGGGAGGGAUGGGCAGACCGAACCUCACGCAAGACUUGGACGAAUGUAAGGUCCGCCCGGACGUGUGCAAGGGAGGCCACUGUAUAAACACGGACGGGUCCUUCCGCUGCGACUGCGCGCCAGGAUACGUCCUGGACGGGACGGGGCUCGCGUGCGUGGACGCGGACGAGUGCGCCACGGACCCGCGGAUAUGCGGCAACGGGACGUGCACCAACACCCCCGGGGGAUACGAGUGCAGGUGUAACUACGGCUUCACACAGGGAACUGAGCAGACGUGCGUGGACAUCGACGAGUGCGCGGAGGGGCGCGCGGCGUGCUCGUUCCGCUGCCACAACACGGCGGGCUCGUUCCGCUGCACGUGCCCCUUCGGCUACCGCCUGGCGCCCGACGGCGUGCACUGCCGCGACGUGGACGAGUGCGCCGCCGACCCCGCCGUGUGCGCGCACGCCUGCGAGAACGUCGUGGGCUCCUACAUCUGCAAGUGCCCCGAAGGCUACAAGAGGACGUCGGCGCCGCACGACUCGCCCGACGCGUGCGAGGACGUGGACGAGUGCGCCGAGCGCUCGGACAAGUGCUCGCCCGGCGUGUGCAUCAACACGGACGGCGGGUACACGUGCGACUGCGACGCGGGCUACGAGCCCAGCGAGGACGGCCAGUCUUGCAUCGACCGGCGCACGGGCAUGUGCCACCGCUCGCUGGUGUCGGGGCGCUGCGUGCCGGAGCCGUGGCCGCGCUCGCUCGCCUCCACGCCGACCCCGCCCACACAGGUUACCAAGGCACAGUGUUGCUGCACGCUCGGUGUGGCGUGGGGCCCGGAGUGCGAGCUGUGUCCGCUGCCCGGCACGCCUGAGCGCAUGGACCUCUGCUCUCGGCCCAACCUCAUCACCGACAACAUGGGGGGACAUGGCGGUGGCGGCAUCGGCGGUGGGGGCAUCGGGGGCGGCGGCAUCGGCGGCGGCGACGGACUCAUCACUGACAUCUUCGGGGACAUCGAUGAGUGUGCUGCGAUGCCCGGACUGUGCGCGCCGGGACGGUGUAUCAAUACCAUUGGAAGCUUCCGCUGCGUGUGCGGGCGCGGCUACAAGCCCGCGGGCGACGUGUGCGCAGACGUCGACGAGUGCAACGCGCGCCGCUCGCCGUGCGAGCAUCUGUGCAAGAACACUGAGGGCUCCUACGAGUGUCUCUGCAGAUCUGGAUACGAGGUGGACGAAGACGGCGCCAACUGCAGAGACGUGGACGAGUGCGAGCGCGGCACGCACACCUGCCAGCAGACGUGCUCCAACACGGACGGCUCCUUCGAGUGUUCCUGCCAGGACGGGUAUGAGAAGCGCGGGGACGCUUGUGUCGAUAUCAACGAGUGUCACGAGGAGGGCGUGUGCCCCACGCCCGGCAAGUGCGUGAACCUGCUGGGCUCGUACCGCUGCGUGUGUCCGCGCGGCUUCCGCCUCGACAUCACAGGCGCGCGCUGCCUCGACCGCGACGAGUGCGAGGACGGCCGCUGCCAGUCGCCCUGCAGGAACUACGCAGGCGGCUACCGCUGCGACUGUCCGCAAGGCACAUCGAGGUCGUCUAGCGGCGUGUGCGUGCCGACGGACGUGUGCGCGGGCGGGCCGUGCGGCGGCGCGCCGUGCUUCCCCGUGGGCGGCGCCUACCGCUGCGGCUGCCCCGCCGGCUACGGCUGGGACGCGGGCCACGCUGUGUGUCUGCAGUUGGCAGGCGGCUGUGCGACGUCCAACUGCCUGUUCGGCUGCACGUCGUUCGGCGACUCGUUCCAGUGCGGCUGCCCCACGGGCUACCAGCUGGUGGGCGCGGGCCACUGCCUCACGGCGCUGGACGGCGCGCUGCCGCCCGACGACAUCGGAGACGCGCCCGUGUUCCCCGUGCGGGACCAGUACAAGAUCGGCGGGAAGAACGAGCUGAUCUCCACGGAGGGAUGCUUCAGUUGCAAGAUGAACGGUCGAAGGCGCAGAGCUCCAGAGGAAGGCAUCGUGUUCGCCAACGGAACGACUCUAGUCAGAAAGCGCAGGAGACGUAGCAGACGUCGUCGGUCAAUCUUAGAGCCAGAAGCUGAGCUAAUAGUCGUCACAGCGACCCCCAAGCAGACGUGGGGUCGCGCGCCCCUCCUGCGCCUCGUACCGGCGGAGAGUGAAGGUCGACCCCACUACAGGAUAGCGUACGGCGACCCUGACAGGAACUUCCUAUUGUCUAAACGAGACGGGACGUGGGCUCUUAGGUUAAGGAAACAUCUUAAAUCUAAGGAGGUUCUAGAAAAACAGUUGGAGUUGGAGGCUAGGUUCGUCGCACCGGAGAUGGGCAAGAGGAGGAAUAGACGGCACGUCGAUUUGGACGUACCGGCGCCCUUGAGGUUAUACGUAUCGGUGCGCAUUGCGCCGGCGAAACGUUGAUUGUAAAUGUAGUGAGACGAACCUAUAGCGGUAGUUAGUAACUGGUCAGUUGUAGGUAUCACUAUUCGAUUGGCAUGCUCGUAAUCGAAGUCGUUCGAAAUUUAGUAGCGUUAAAGUAAAAUGAAUCUAGUAUCUCUGAUAUUGAAGUUGAAAAUUCUGCGUUAUUGAAUUUGAUUUUAUAUUGUUUCACGCUCUUCCCUCUAUGAGACUUAUAGAGAUAGAUUAAGCCUUCAAAUUGGGUGUUAUAUUUAUUUUACUCUAAAUUUCUAAUGUCAAAUACUCGUAAAAGAUCUUUCGAUUGCGUGCACGUGAAUGUUAUGGAAUCAAACUUUGAUAUCUAUGGAUAUCAGUCCCAAAAGUAGAUAGGUAUUAGGAUGGGCAUAUUAGCUUGGGUGUGAGUACUUGUAAAUAGAAAGCAAAAAAGUCAUAAGUCAUAAAUGGAUAACACUGCCAUAAUAAAAAAGUCAAUUUGUAAGUCACUGCCAUUUUCAUAAUAAUGUGUUAAUUUUAACUUUAAGUCUUCAGUCUUAAAUAGGUUCGUCUCACUACUUAUUGUGGAUUAUCACGUGACGAGGUAUUCUGUAUGCGAUUAUCAAGCUUACAGUUGUCUGAUUUAUUACAUGAAUCAAUUAUUUUUUUUACAAAAAUUUAUACCGUUAGCUAGUGCAAUAAUGGUUUCCUAGAUCUCAACCUGAGAUGUUGACUAAGUUGGAGAUGUUGAUCAAGUUGACGUAAGAUCAUCCUUAGGAUACUAUACAAAAAUAUAAAGAGCCAAAAAAUUGUUUUAAAAUUAGGUAAACGUGGAUUUUACCUACAAAAACAUUGCAGCCUACUUGAAAACUUUUCUUGGGAUUUUUUUGGGAAUUUAUUUUAUUACAUGUCAUUUAAUCUUUCUAAAUACAUUAUAAAUAUCUAAACUAAAAACUAAAGUUUUUGCCUAAUGUGGUUAUGGAGAAAUCUCUUAAAAAACAAUAAGUUUAGCAGAAAGAGGAAAUAUUUUGAGAAAUGUAUAAUAUAGAAGUUUCUAUCUUAAGUCGAUAUUGGCUUCUAUGAUCGCAUAAUCGAAUAACGGGUCAUUCGAUUUGAUAAAGUACGAUUCGAUCUAGCGGGCAGUAUUAGUUAUGUGUGAGGUGAUUGAAUGCAUAAUAACGCAGCUUAGCUAUUGUGCAGUUUAAGAAUGGGUGCUGGUCCCUAAGUCUGUAUUAUUAUUUAUAUUUAACAAACGAAAAUUCGAUUAAUUUAAUCCGUUGCUAUAACUAAUCUCUGUGUGAUACACGGUAUCAUUUCAAAAAAUAAUAUAUUUUAAUAAAGUACCUGCUGAAAUACAACAACAUUUAUAUUUUCAAAUAUUAAUAAAGUAUAUUUUUAAAUUCAUGUGAAAUAUUCACAAUUCAAUACAUUAUUGUCUAUUAAUGUACUAAAUCAGAUGCUGCUAAUUAAAAUAUUCGCCACACAUACGAGUAGGUACACUGCGAAAAAUUAUUUUCUUACAGCUCUGGCGAAGCAAACUGGUAUCUGAAUUGUAUGAUUGCUAAGCUGUGAUCUACCUUGUGUGUAGUUAUCGAUUAGAUUGCGGCAAUCGAUAUCUUGGAACAUUUAUUCGGAUAUCGAUUAUCACAAUCGAUAUUUUUAUUAUAUUUUAGUUAUUUUUUCUAACUUUACCGCCAUCUCUUUAAGUGCCAGUGUAUAGACGUAAGGUUUGAAAUAGUGACUAUUUAAGAAAAUUAUUUAUUUCACAUUUUUUGCAAUAUUAAUAUAAUAAUAAUAGCUUAUGGAUCUACUUACCUUGUAUUGAGGUUGUCAACUUAUAUCUACUUUUUCGGGACAUUUUUGGGCCAAAAAAAAUCAAAUUUUUUUCAUUGUCUUUUUUUCAAUUUAGUGAACGAAAUAGUUUAAAAACAUCCGAAACUAAAAAAACUAAAACUGUAAAACUUGUAUGGCACUUGUAAACUAAUUAUUCUUUCUAUAGUUCGCACCAAUCUAUACGAAAUUAUACAUCACUAAUUUAUGAAGAAUUGUCGUCGUUAUGAUGGAAAACUUUCAAUUUGUUUUUAUUUAAAUGAUUUAUGUAUUUUCGAUCCAGGUGGGAUACAAAAUUAUAGUAAAUAGUAUGUUUAUCAGUUUGAUAUAGCUAUGAAUAAAGUUUCUUUCCGUUCGUCCUGCGAAAAAGCGUGAAGUGGCAACCCUAUUUUAAAUAAUAUAAAUAUAGUUUUAUAAUAUAUCACGUCUUGAACUUUUUUGUAAGAUUUUUAACAAUGCAAUAGUUUUUGAUUUAUUUUGUAAAUAUGUGCAUACAAAUAAAUAUUAAUAUUAUUAUUAACAAAGUUAUAUUGUUCGUUAUAUAACAAUGUUUUAACUUAGAUCUAAGUCGAUGUGGUGAAUUUUUAAAAUAAAUAAACCAGUUUUUAAAUUAA